CUAGCCUGGGGAGCCCAGGUGGACGGUUACGCAGUGUCAGGUUUGUGGACUGCUCAAGAGCAGCAUCUACAUUGCAAUAUCAAAGAGAUGUUGGCGAUCUUAAAGGUGUUCGAAACCCACGGUCCUCUACUGUGCAUGUCUACUGUUCUGUUCCAGUGCGACAAUCGAACAGUUGUGGCCUACUUGCGGAACGAAGGCGGCACAAGAUCGCCUCCUCUGAUGGAUGUAACGCGGAGAGUGUUCAGCCUACUGGUCCUUCAUCAGAUAAACCUGACAGUCAAUUAUAUACCCGGCAUUUACAAUGGACAUGCGGAUCACCUGUCCAGACACAAACGAGUACCAGAAUGGCAUCUUCUACCUGCUUGCACGGCGAAGAUAUUUCACAAGUUUGGCACCCCGGUAAUAGAUCUAUUUGCGUCCAGUCGGGCCAACGUAGUAGCCAACUACGUGUCGCUGGAUUUGACAGACACCCAAGCGAUAUUCCACAAUACCUUUUCCCGGCAGUGGAACUAUCACCUUGCGUGGGUGUUUCCACCACCAUAUAUGAUACCCAAGGUGCUGGCCCAUCUCAACUCGGCGACCGGGCUGUACCUGUUAAUCGUCCCCCGGUGGAGUCGAGUUUUCUGGCGGGCCGAUCUCAAAGCCCGAGCAGUAGCAUCUCCGUGGUCGAUCAUCAAUCUCAAGGAGUAUCUAAUAGACACCACGACCGGCCUGCCUCCCCCCAAGGUCCAAGAGAUGGCGCUCGAGGUCUGGAAGUGUGGGGGUGGGCGGAAAGUCUAACGGGUUGGAAUGAAGAUCAAAUACGAUUACUCAGAUCUUCGUGGCGUACUUCGACCCUAAAAACCUACAAGGUCGCAUGGGAUCGAUGGGUAUCUUGGUCAAAAAAGUAUAAUUUGGACCCCUUUCACCCUACAGGGCCCAUGGUUGCUCGAUAUCUAGCAGACCUAUAUCUUAUCAACAAGUUGUCUUAUAACACUAUUUUGCUUCACAAAUCAGUGGUAGCUACUCUGUGCAAUGCCGAAGAUGCUGGACAAAUUAGUUCACAUACAUUGGUGAAACACGUCUUAAAGUCAAUAGCUUUAAAGAAACCGGUCACCCAUAAGCCUCCAGUCUGGAAUAUAGAUACCCUGACCUCCUUCUUAAGCUCAAACACUGUAGAUGAAAAUAACCCUUUCGCUGCUUCCCGUCAUACAGCAACACUCCUCCUCCUGUGCUCAGGCAGACGAGUUCAUGACCUGACAUUGCUGCUAGUGGACUCAGAUCAUUGUGUCGAUGACGGCAGUAACAUUAUUUUAAAACCAAUGUUUGGCUCUAAAACCGAUAGUGACACUCAUAGGCAAUCCGGUUGGAGGUUACUACCUAAUACUACUUGUAAAAAUCUGGAUCCAGUAUUUUGGGUCAGAAAAUUAAUUGAUCUCCUUAAAGACAGACGAGAUUCAGUUAACUGUCCCAACUUAUUUAUCAAUAUCAGAGGAAAAGCAAAGGCGGCCUCUCGCACUGUGAUUGCGGGAUGGGUUAAAACCGUGCUAACAGAGGCUGGCAUACCUGUUACACCGGGAAGUUUACGUUCAGCUGUAUCCUCAAAAAAUUGGUCUGAUAACUUUCCUCUGGAUGAGAUUUUGUCCAGAGGAAAUUGGAAGUCUAAAGAUACCUUUACACGUUUCUACAGACGAGAGAUAGUGCCAGCCUCUGCUAGCAAUAGCAUUACCAGAAUGUUUAAUCCAGCUGAUUAAAGUCUAUUAUUAUUAUCAAUACCAAUUAUUUUCAUUGAUUAUUGAUUGAUUAUUUGUAACAGAGGAAUGUUGUUAGUAAAGAUUUGUUAGUGAUUGUUUGUAAAGAAAAUAAAGUAUGAUCCCAUAAUAUAAAGUGUUAUUUAUUUCUUACACAUACUAAAGCUGAUUUUUAUGUAAUAUCACACUAUCCUUCAAAUGGCUUUUAUUUCACAUUGGCGUCCCCACCACCAGGCGAUAACAAACACGUCUCAAAUAGUAAGCUUCAAAUAACGGUCAAGAAUUUAAUAACAGCGUUUUACCUGAAAUAAAACGCUUAUUAAAUACUUACCUUAUUUGAAGCUUACAAAUAAUUUCUGCCUGGUAUUUUCGACUCAAUGAUUUGA